CAUUCUAAAUGUAUUUCGGAUUAGAACAAUACAUUUUCCCAGUCGGAGUUCUUGACACGAUUCUGAAUCCGGGCUCAGUUUACCGCCAACUGCAGAGGUGUUAUGAUAAUAACACUUUUCAUCAUGAUGGCAUAAAAGCCUUAAGAAUUCUGCGCCAGCUAUUACCAAAGACCACGGCCAAGCGUGUCUAAGAGCUCGACAAAAAUGCGUUGCCUUCGCCGAUGGUAUUCCAACUCCUGGCGCUAAGCAUUGGCGUCGCGCUGAUCUUCGCCUUCCUCGCCUUAAUGUGGAGGAAAACGAGUCCUAGCGACGCUAGAGCUCAGAGGUAGGGUAAGGUACAGAUUAGUCUGAUGGAGGAGAACCAUGAAAAGGAGAACGCUGCUCAACAGGUCGCCGAGAGCCGUAAGCCAAGGUAUGAGUACGACCCCGAUUUUCUCCGUUCGUUACAAUUCACACCGAUCUGCCUCAAGAGGCCCGAAUCCCUUCCCGAUUUAGACAUUAUCCGGUAAACACCGAUCACGGAUAAUGGGGACAAAGGUCCUCGUCCUAUUCAAAUCAUCUCCAUCCCGACAGAGGUCAAGCUCAAGUCUUCGCAGAAUGCUUGGAAGCCCUCUGUAAGGAAGAACAACGUUGACGACGAGGCUGCCAAGACGACUGAGUUGGAGAAGAAAAUGAAAGCUAUCCUAAAUAAACUGACGCCAGAGAAAUUCGAAAAACUCUCUGGGCAAGUCACAGAGCUCGCCAUUGACAACAGCGAAAGACUGACAGCUGUCAUUGAUAUUAUUUUUGAGAAGGCCAUCGAUGAGCAGACUUAUUCCUCAACCUACGCUCAGCUGUGCAGCGUUCUCUCCCAGAUGUCUGUCCAGGGGGACGCCAGCAACGGUGAAGACUCGGAAGUAGUCUUCAGCAAGCUCUUGGUCAAGAAGUGCAGGACCGAAUUUCAGAAAAACAACUUGGAAGAAUUCCUGGCCAAAAAAGAGAGUGAACUGAGCGAGUGCACUGACCCCGAGCAGAAGCAAAAUCUGAAGAUGGAGCUUGAUUUUAAGGAGAACAAGCUCAGAAAGAGGUCCGUAGGAAACAUCAAAUUCAUCGGUGAGCUCUACAAGCUGAACAUCCUUCUUGCGUCGACAAUGAUGCACAUUGUCGGCACGCUCCUGUAGAAGAGAGGCGAUGAGUCGCUUGAGUGCCUCUGCAAACUGCUAACAACAAUCGGCAGCCGUUUGGAAGCUCAGUGCAAGGUAGAUCCGAGCAAAAAGGAACUGAACAACUAUUUCGCGUGCAUGGACAGAAUCGUAAAGGAGCGCCUGUGUGGCAACCGCAUCAGGUUCCUCAUAAUGGACGUCAUCGACCUGAGGCAAAGGAAGUGGGUGUCAUGGAGGGCAGAGAACACGCCUAAGACCAUGUCUGAAGUCCACAAGGAAUUUAAGAUAAUGGAAGCCAAGGUGCAGACGGCCAAAUGCUCAGUCCCCUGGGCCAGCGUUAACCGCAGUUCUUUUGACCGCUCGAAUAUGUGCACUUACUGAUGAGGGGUACUUACUUCGUCGGCAGGAUAAACAAACCGCCUCAGUUACAGCUUAGUUGUGAUAGCGACUCCAUCAUUGUAGAAUGAACGGUGGACAUUGUGACGACUGUAGAAAGAAGUGGUAUGAAUGGAUGAAUGAGAACAAAUAUCUUCUCACCCCAAGAACUAUAUUUGCUUAUAUAUUUAUCCUGUAUUGUGAAGGUAUUGUCUCAUUCAUACUUCUUUUUUUUGUGUUUGUAUUAGCAUGCAUGUAUCUGUCUGUAUGUAUCCAUGCGUUUAUAUGAGCAUGCAUG